GUCCUCUAAAUGUGAACCGACGCUGACUGAAUCCGCGUAAACGUUCGGUCGGACAAAGUCUUCUUAUGUGGCGGUGCGUGAUUUCGACCACACGUGGAGCGCGUCACGGCGCCGUGUGAUGGAGCUGCCCGCAAGCGGUGCAUCGUGGGGAUGAAGAAGCGAUGAAGACACCGAGGUCCCUUGCACGCGCGUCUCGGCCAAGGAUGCCAUUACAGAGAACACGUGACUUUCGCCGGCCGCGCGGAUUACUUGUUCGACCUUUCACUUCGGAAUUUUAACUUUGACCUCUGUGAAGCGGGAACUCGAGCUUGACUUCCGGGUGUCCAUGGUGUUGACCCCGGACCACCAGGGAUGGUGGAGACGCUGAGUAUCGCCGUCAUCGGGGCUCCCGGAGUGGGCAAGACUUCGAUCAUCCGCCAGUUCAUCUACAACGACUUCUCGGAGGUGUACACGCCGACCCGCUCCAGAUAUGUGUACCGACCCUCCGUCAUCCUCAACGGGAGCAUGUACGAGCUGAAGGUGCUCGACGUCCCGCCGAUCUCCUCCUUCCCGUCCAGCUCCAGUCAGGAGUGGCUGGAUUUGCGUUGCAGAGGCGUCCGCAAUGCCAACGCUUACAUCCUGGUGUACGACAUCUGCUGCGUGGAGAGUUUUGAAUACGUGAAGAUGAUCAGGCAGCAGAUCGUCGAGCACCGGGAAGGCAGCAGCAGCGAGGUGCCCAUCCUGGUGGUGGGCAACAAGAGAGACCUGCAGCGGCAGCGCUUCAUGCCCCGCAGGGCCGUGUCGGUGCUGGUCAAGAAAACGUGGAAGUGCGGCUACGUGGAGUGCUCGGCCAAGUUCAACUGGCACGUGGUCCUGCUCUUCAAGGAGCUGCUCGGCAUCGCCGUGGCGCGGGGGAUGCGGCAGAAUCACACCGCCAUCCGCCUGCAGGGGGCGCUCCAGAGGAACCGCUGCACCGUCAUGUGACCCUCUCACCUCAGCAAGGGGGGAGCAAAGGACUUCUUGAUCUAAAUGGCUGGAAUCUAAAUAAUACCCUGUGGCCUCCUGCUUUUACUGAGCUGAUUUUAGCUGCGCUUUCACGAUUCUAUACGCGGGCCGUCCAACCGCUUCCGAAUCUCACGCUGCCGUUCACUUGAGAAGAAAGGGAGGAGUCGACGUAAGACGCAACAGGCCUCGUAUCGCAUCGACACUCAGGUGUCCCGACUCCUUACAUUUUUUCCGGUGAGGGUUCCCGCGCAGCCUGAUAGGAAGGAACCCGUUUUUGAGAGACUCUUAAAAAAAAAAAAAAAGAGUGGAAGCAAUGUCGGUUGUCUUCCUUUUGAGUUUGUCUCAAUUAGUGCUGGGCGGGCGGGAGGUGACAUCCGGGGAGAUCUUGUCAAAGGCGUAGAUUAAUAUUGUUUCUCGAUUUCCGUAAGGUAGCGUACAUAUCGCCAGUGAAACGAUGACAUUUUUUCUUUCCGCGUUCGUACCGAAUUCACGAAUGGUGUUUGUUUAGGCAAAAAGGUGACGUGGAGUUGUCAUGCAGCGGAAAAAUGCUGCAGUCCCUUAUCAUGACGUACCGUAGGACGCCCGCGCCCCCCCCACCCCCCUUUUUCAUCGCACCCCUCACUCAAUGGCUGAUUUCCGCCGAAUACAUUAACGCAAAGGGCGGGAUGAGGGACCGGCGGGAGGUUGCAGAACCUUCGACGGGCGCUGCAUGCAGGUUCUGUGUAUGUGUGAAAGUCACAUGCCUGAUCGCUGACAUUCAAGCAAGCAAAAGGACAGAGAGAGGAAAUGAGAACCAGAUGCUGAACGCUUUGGCUUAGGAAGGAGCAAUAAAAUUCCACUUGACUGACGGGAGACCUCGUACUGUAUUUAAAAGCGGCCAAGUCGAACCCGUCCGCACUUAAACGAUGAUGCGGCAGCGGUCCGAAACGUCAACCCAACACCCCCCGCAAGUGUGCUCCACGCGCGCGCGAGAAUAUUAAACCUUUCCUACCGGGAUCUUGAACAGUAAACGGCAAUUAUGGGAGGUUUACAGUUUGUGAAUAUUAGAUUUGUCUGGGCUAAGAGGGAUUUCUGGACUCAUCAACUUGCAUGCUAUCGUUGGCACAAGAUCCAACAGGACGGGUUUUAAUUGCACUGAUGUGAAAAUGUGAUUAAUAUUAUUAUUUUUUUGGAGGGGGGGCUAACAGAUCUGUUGUCUGACUGUGUUGUGAGCUGCAGAGUGGAGUGAUUGUUUUACACUGGCACGUGAGAGCACAAGCUCAUGAUGUAGUGAUGACCCUUCUGUCAGGGGAAUUUGCUGUUUUCUUUGUUUAAAAAAAAAAAAAAAAUCAUGUAGCAGCAACUGCGUGUAGCAUGACUUCUUAUCAGAUUGUCUGUGUUUCCAAAUAAAAAGGG